AUGCUGCAUUUCCCAUCUCCCUCUAACAAUGACAAUCGCUUGGAAGACCAAAGCUAGAUUACUCAGUCUAGGUAUCAACCCAAUCUUCGAGGACAAGCAUCUAUGGUUGACAAUUUCAUAACUAUCAGAGUCUUCUUAAAAGUGAUCAAAGAUUCAAAUAAUGAGCACCUAAAGAAACUUUUUCAGCACACAAAUUCAAAUAACAAUCCCUAAACCUAACACCUGAAUUAGACUGAAAGUUUGACUGAUCACCCAGUGAAUUAUAAUGGAGAGGACCAGGUUUAUAUUGAUAUCGAGAUUCAGCAGCAUUUAAACUGCGCAGACUUGAUAAUAAGGGCUAUUGAUUGGUUCAAUGAGCAUCUAAAGGAAAGAUAAGCUCAGCACAUUCUUGAAGACAGAAACUUGGAUUACUACUUCCUCUAUAUGGCUAAGAAAACAGGAAAACCUAAUGAUGAUUUUCCUAACAUCGAAAAAUCCUAGAUUGUUUCUAAGAUUAAUUACCACAGAUUCGCCUUAUGUGCUGAAUAAGCAGCUAUUAUAAGCUCACCAAUAUCGAUGACCACUAGCUAUAACAAUUAGAACCUCAAAGAUCCCAAGAAGUAGUCAAUUAUCCUAGGCCAAACUAAUGCCAACUAGGAUCAAAACAUCAGCAAUAACAUUUAUCAAUAGUCUGGAGAAUUACCACCAUCAUCAAAUCACGAUGAUAAUGGUAGAAAACAAAGUCAUCCUAUUUAAAACGAAAAUAGGUCAUGCCAGCAGUGCUGCUUAAUUUUUUGA